GUUCGGAGCUGUUCCCAGGAGCACACUGCGUUCACACUUCAUCAUGCCCGCCAUUGUGAACCUUCUCUUCAACGUUGUCUCCACCAACACCACCAUCUCGUUCCACGUGGUCCUGCCCAGUGUGAGCCUGGUGUCCCUGUUGGCGGGUGUGGGGGGGCACCUGCUGCUGUGGCUGGUGCUGUUGAGGAACCCCCGCAGUCGGGCCAAACCCAGUUCAGUUUUGCUACUGAACCUGAGCCUGGCUGACCUGGGCGCACUGCUCACCCUGCCCUGUGUGCUGCUCAGUGCCAGCUUCCAGGACUGGCAGCUAGGGGGCGGAACCUGUGUGCUGCUGGGCUUCAUGACCUCAGUGACGGUGGGAGUGGAGAUCUUCAGUCUGGCUGUGCUGUCCGUGCUGCGCUACAGGAUUGUGGCACCACUGACCUCUCCACCUGCGAGCCUCGUGCAAGUACUGUGUGCUGUGGUCGCCAUUUGGCUGAUCUCCAUCACCAUGGCACUGCCCAAAGUCACCUACAUCAACUUCAAGGGCGGCUGCACGUGGUCAGUCGGUCGAGAUGAGUGGUUGUUCUUCCUGGUUCCUGCCUUCUUGGUGUACUAUGUGGCCCCUCUGUUCUGCAUCGCCAUCAACUGUGGCCUCAUCAUCUCCCAACUCCACCGCUGCCGGGGUCCGAUAGCUUCGCACCGACGCAACAAAAAAGCUACUGCACUGCUAAUUAGCUCAACACUAGUUUUUGCUAUUAGCUGGUUGCCGUAUUAUUCACUUGAGUUUGUUAAUGUACUGUCACCGUAUAUUAUCUCUGAGGCCUCUCCUGUUAGCUUACCAGUACUUUUAGCCAAUACUUCUAGCCCGAUAAAAGUGAAAACAGGAGUUUCUAUGCUUUGGGAGGUAGCGUCUCUCACUGCUAUUCUGCUGGUUUGCUUAGCGCCAUGUUGGAAUCCUCCGCUCUACUUCCUGUUGUCAAGGCCAGCUGUACGCCAACUCCAAGCACUCCUGCCAUCUUUUCUCACUAAGCAUUUUAAGAAACCGGUGCAACACUGGCGUAUAGCUCCAGCCCCUCCCCCAUCAGAGCCACGCCCCCUGCCCACGACCCAUUCAAUGCCACAGCAAGCGCUCACACAUCUGACUCAGUAA